UCGAGAGGGUAUGUAACUUGAACAACUUUCUCUGAUGUUCUCUAUCGUUCUGUAGGUCGACCUACAAGAGCACUGCCUCAGUCGUGAUGAUUGUCUUCAACCAAGCGGUGUUGUCUGGAAGACGGGCGAAGAGAUUGAGGCCGCUGGGCGCGACUGUUUCCCCGACGACGUGAUGCUCUGCACCAUCGACAAGGAUCUGUUCAAGUUGUGGCCAUUGCUGUCGUUCAUGCAGGGCAUUGGUACGCUACAUCAAGUUGACGGUCGCGCAAUCGACCUUGGGCGAAAGAUCAUGCAUCUGCUUGACGAACUGGGAAAGCAGUAUCCGGCGCUCGCGAAGCUGCUCGAUCCACCAACAGUUAUCUUCAACCUGCAGGCUAUGAACAUCAAUCCGGCUGCAGUCGUUAUUCCCGCUGGACUCGCACCUGGAAAUGUGCCCGCGUUUCCUGGUGCCGUUGGCAUCUGGACUUGCCCAUCGGAGUUACGCGCUGGCGAACUUAUCGGCCACCUCCGCGCUACGCUCGCUCCUGUCUUGCUGCCCGGCGUUGUCCCGCAGUUUCAUUAUUUUAAUGCACCCAUGCAAAACCUAUAAAAUUGACAAUCUGCCACACCAAUUCGCCAAUGUUGGCAUUUAUGUGGGAA